GGGGUAUUUGAAGAGGCGAGCAGCAAAGAAAGCAAAAAAGACUUCAAUUUACGGGACUGAAACCCUAGCUAGUGAAGAUGAUCAUUCCGGUCCGCUGUUUCACAUGUGGAAAGGUGAUUGGAAACAAAUGGGAUAUGUAUCUUGAUUUGCUCCAGGCUGAUUACAGCGAAGGAGAUGCUCUUGAUGCACUAUCUUUGGUUCGCUAUUGCUGUCGAAGAAUGCUGAUGACUCAUGUUGAUCUCAUCGAGAAGCUUCUUAACUAUAACACUUUGGAGAAAUCUGAAGGCAGUUGACACGGUGCAGAAAGUGUCUCGGAGUUUGUUAUCUCAUUUUCCCUCAGCGUGGAUCUUUGUUUGUAAUGUGGAAAAACAAUUUUUAGUUGGGGAGGAUAUGGAGUGUGCAUUUUGGACCAUACCGCCAUUGUUGGGAAUUUUUGCUAUCUGAAUAUAUGAUGCAUUAGCAAAGGAAACACGUUAUUUUUCCUC